GCCAAAGCAGUCAGCUGAGUGUGAAGUAGCAAAUGGAACGAAGGAAAUAAUGUUUUUCUAAUUUUUGUCGUCGAAUCAACUAAAGUUAUAAAUUAAUAUAUGAUUCCGUGUGAUGAACGGAGAAAUUACAUUUUAAUGUAUCAUAAAAAUCUAUUCCAAUUGGAAUAAUCAAUACAAUAACAACAAAAAGCUAAGCAAUAUUGGGUGCCAUUUCAAUUCGUCACGAAAUGUGAAUCAGUGUGAAGGUCGUGUAUCGCAGUUGCCAAUUACUAUCAAGAAUCUUCGCUUGUUAAAACCUAGCUGCCUCGUUGGCAUCCCCGGAACUAUCGCUAUUUACGUAACUCGAGACUCAUUGUUUUGUCUCACUUUCCACAGUCUCAGAACUGAGAAAUACCAUGUUGAGUGUGUGCACCAGGGCCUUGCGAGGCACUCGUUCGCUGGAACGUUCAGUGUCUAGCAUUGUAGAACUGCCGAAACUCCAAAACUUUGACGUGCAAAAUGAGCCCAUUCUCGGCUACCGGGAAGGCAGCCAGGAGCGCAAUAUGCUCAAGGAAGAACUGGCGCGCGCCGCCGCCGUCACCGAGGACGUGCCCAUCGUCAUAGGCGACGAGGAGGUGCGCGACGGGGAGCCGCGCUUCCAGGUCAUGCCCCAUAACCACAGUAAGAAAAUUGCCAAGUUUUACUACGCCAGUGAGAAAACUAUCCAAAAGGCUAUCAAGGUAUCCGUUGCCGCCCAAGAGCGUUGGGAUCGCACCAGUCUCGAAGAGCGUGUACGCAUUUGGCAAUGUGCUGCCGAAUUAAUGGCGGGACGUUAUAGACAGAGCCUCAACGCUGCAACCAUGCUCGGUCAAUCUAAAACAGCAAUACAAGCAGAGAUAGACUCUGCUGCAGAACUAAUUGAUUUCUUCAGAUUUAAUGUGUUUUUCUUGAAGGAAAAUGCCAAAUACCAACCCAUAUCAGAAAAUGCAAAAGUUACAAGAAAUUCCUUGAGGUUCCGUGGUAUUGAUGGAUUUAUUGCUGCAAUCAGCCCUUUUAAUUUCACUGCUAUUGGUGGAAAUUUGGCAUACACACCGGCUCUUAUGGGGAAUGGUGUAGUGUGGAAGCCGUCUGAUACUGCUCUGCUUUCAAAUUGGCGUAUUUUUAAUAUUAUGAGAGAGGCUGGAUUACCUCCUGGAGUAGUUAACUUUGUACCUGCUGAUGGACCCACAUUUGGUAAAACUAUUACAUCAUCUCCUGAUCUGGCUGGUAUUAACUUCACAGGCUCAGUGCCCACAUUUAACUGGCUUUGGAACGCAGUUGGUCAAAACCUGAGUAAGUAUAGAAACUACCCAAGGCUCAUUGGUGAAUGUGGAGGAAAGAAUUAUCACUUUGUUCAUCCGUCAGCAGACGUGCAGUCAGUUGUGACUGGAACUAUUCGCUCUGCAUUUGAAUACUGUGGACAAAAGUGCUCUGCUUGUUCCAGAAUGUAUGUACCCAAAUCUCUGUUUGAACCGAUAAAGAAUGGUUUAGUGACAGAACGUAACAAACUUAAAAUUGGAGACCCCUCUGAUUUUAGCGUCUUCACUGGUGCUGUAAUUGAUGACAAAGCAUUUGCUAGAAUCUCUGGUUACAUCAAAGGAGCCAAGAGCAAUUCUAAGAACAAAAUUUUGGCAGGUGGUAAAUGUGAUGACAGCAAAGGAUAUUUUGUAGAACCAACUAUUAUUCAGACAGAAGACCCUCUUGAUAAACUGAUGACUGAAGAAAUUUUCGGACCAGUACUCACUGUCUAUGUAUAUGAAGAUGCUGAUGUGCAUAAGACUCUAUCUAUGGUCGGUGAAUCAACUAAAUUUGCUUUAACCGGUGCAGUUUUUUCACAAGACAAAGAUUUUUCGAAAGUUGCCUUGGAUGUACUCAAGACAACAGCAGGUAACUUCUACAUUAAUGACAAAUCCACGGGCUCAGUUGUGGGACAGCAGCCAUUUGGUGGUGGCCGCAUGUCAGGCACCAACGAUAAGGCGGGAGGACCCAAUUAUGUCAUGAGGUGGACUUCACCACAGUCUAUCAAAGAAACCUUUGUCCCGCUACGAGACAUUGACUAUCCAUACAUGAGAGAUUAAUUUAUGUUAUUACAAAUAUACAGAUGAUUGAAACAUCACAAUCAGUAUAUCAGUACAAUAAUUAAUGUUAGUUACUAUUGUAUGAUGGAUCACUGGUAGUAGUUGCAAAUGUUAACAUGUAAUAAAU